GCUCGUUUGCAUCGGAAACUCAGCCAACCAGCAGGCAAAAACAGCAUGGGAAAGAGAAAGACACAAGAAGAACAAAGUUCCAGUGGUGGGAUGCCAAGUGAUUCAGAACAGGAGACUCCUCCCAAAGCCACGAAGACUGCUAAGAAACCUCGGGAAUUUGUGCUCGAAAAGCCGCCCAAGACUACGAAGAAGCCCAAGAUUGACAUUGCAGAAGUAGACGAGACUUCAACGGAAGGGACCACGUCGCACAAGGGCGUCAAAGCCCACACGAACUCUGAAGGGGACAACUAUGUCGAUUUGGGCAAGAAAAGGCGAGCGACAGUUCGCGUUUUCAAAGGCAAGGUACUUGUUGAUAUCAGAGAAUACUUCGGACCAGACGACGACGAGAAACCAGGGAAAAAAGGUAUCUCACUCUCCCCGGAACAGUGGGAUGCGCUCAAGGGAAACAUCGGCGUAUUAGACUCGUUCAUCGCUGCAAAGCAGAAGUAGUUGUAUAGCUGUGA